AUGUUUUUUAAUCUGACCAAUGCAUUUAUAGAUUGCAUGAAGCUUUCCGAUUUUAAUAUCACGGAGGGCCUCCAUACACGAUGGUGUCGCUUUAUGAUACAGCGAUAUCUUGGACAAUUUCUCGAGCAAAAUCUUACACUUGAUCAACUUUCUGUAAAAUUAAUCGACGGAGAAUUGUCAAUAAAUGAAGUCAAGAUCAAUUCACAUUAUGUCAAUGAACUCCUGACGUCCAUGAACGUGCCUUUAAGGCUCACAGAUGGUUUUGUUGGAGGCAUGACGAUAAAGGUCCCAUGGUGUGCUCUAACAUCUGAUGCAAGUACAAUGAAAGUCAGACAGUUGGAUUUGACGUUUGAAGCACGAGAUGGCGUGAAACUUGACAACAAAGAUCUCGUUUCUUCAAUGAUCGGCAGUGUUGUUGAGUCCCUUGUGUCCUCCAGUGAAUUGGCUCGAAGUUUUUAUGAAAAUGAAAAAGAAGCCUGUGAAGAGGAAUUUGACACCGAAGCAAAGGACGGAGUAAAAGCAUUCACUAAGGUUAUUGAUGCGAUUGUUUCACGUUUCUGUCUGGAACUAGUCGAUACAACCAUACGACUAGAAAAUCCGCCGAAGCACCUGUCAGACAUGUGCACUGCUAUCGAGAUCCGAAUUAAAGAAGUGCGCUUCAUGGACGAACAAAUGCGAAAUUGCCAGCAAGAAGGUAGAAGCGCUGAGACGAUCACGAGUCAGCCACAAGGGAUGGGAAGCAUUGCAAACCUCAACAAAUUUAUGGAUAUGUCAGGGGUGGAAAUAUUUACCGACGUUUUCACAGAAUUAGAGGAUCAAUAUUCUGAUAAUAAUUCUAGUCAGAUCGUUACGAGUAUGUACAUAAGACGAGAAAAGCAAAAGCAUAAAUCUCCAUCGCUAACUAAUCAAGAGUCGAUAUCUCCUGAACUUUUCACAUCGGCUCUCUCAUCGUCCACUUCCAAUUUCCAUUCAUGUUACUCUAACUUAAAUGCAGGCGAAUCGUUAAAUCUAUCAAUAGGAGAGCCUUUCAGGAUUACAAGAGUAGAUUCUGACCGAGAAUUAAUAUCUACUCCUGUAAAGUUUGCUGAGUUCACUGGAGAAUCUACUCUUGUAAUCCUGAAAGGCUCUCCCAUUGACAGAUUUAACGAUUCGCCUGCAUUUACUGAAACGAUUGAUAUUUCGUCGAAAUCGAUUUCCGAUUAUGAUGCUAUGGCGAAGAACAUUGAAGAGGAAGCGCUCCACAAAACCCGGUUAACUACGUUGGGAAUGCAAGGCACGUGGAGUAGGCGAGAUGAUUUCCACGAGUUUGAUUCUGUAAAUUUGGAAGACAACCGUUCUCUGAGGAAACUAAGUGAAGCAUGUCAUAACUACAACUCUAUAAAAACGGACUCAUCGAAAAAGGAGUGCACAUUGUUGUCGGCGAAGAUUGGAACGAUUCUCGUUUUCAUCCCUCACAAUGACAUAAUGUCUGUGGAAUACGUGAAAACUCUCAGCAAUGGUUGUCACGAAGCGAUAGAUCAACUUGUGGAGGAAUCUGAAGAGUUUUUCGCAAAAGCUGCAAAGGUUUCCCUGAAGCCUAUGAAUCUACACAAUGCAAGAAGUAUGCUUGACAAGUUGUACAGCAAAGAUCAUCUGAGAAUUGUCGGAACCUCUGUUGUCUUCAAUUAUCAGAUGGACAAAAGCAGUACGAGCGAGCAAAUGAAAGCGAAAUUAAUAUUUCCGAAUUUGGAUGUUAUUGAAUAUCUGACGCCGGAAUCUAACCCACGUGAACCACAAAAUCCGCAUAUCCCACUUGUAGAUUUCUCAAAUUACGAGAAUCCUGACCAAGAGCCACAGUUGAAACUGGUAUUUUCUUCUCCUGUUGGUGGCGAAGACUCCAAGGCCUACGUCUACCUGGGGAAGUGCCGAUGUGAGUUGGAUUUGAGUAUAGUGGAUAGGAUUGCGGAUCUUUUUGAGCCACGGCCAUUUUAUGAUUUGCCAUCGUAUAAGCGCUCAAGGUUGGAUAGUAUUGUAAGGAAAGAUGCACUUCAAUUGCGUGACGACCUGUUCGGUAUACCACUUGUUGUUGAACAGCCUAGCAAAUUAAUGGUAGUUUUGAAGUGCCAAGCUAUAGAUUUGAAUUUGAGAAUACCGAUAGCUGACUUGCGCAACCCAAGUGGAUCUCGAUUGCCGUAUCGUCAGCGUCAUGUUCAUCCCGAAUACAUUGGUUUACAUAUUAGUUCGGUGACCGUUGAAAUGCCUAUCGGUGGUGAAAGCACGUUGAUGGAGCUAUUCGCUACGGAGAUAUACGGCAGUUUCUGUGGCGUGUCGGAGAAGUUCUCGUGUUCGGAUGAGGAUCGCCGUUUCCUUUGGGGAGGACAGACAUCAGUGGAUGAACCUGUUCACGUGAAAUUCGAAUAUGAUCCUCGCAACAAGGCUCUCAAGGCUUCCAGCACAAAAAUUCACUACGUGAAUGAUCUGCUUCUUUGGCAACCAGCUGCACCCAGUGUUAGACCAGGUGAUGAUGAAUUCAAAAUCAAUGCACUUAGUGACGACAUGUUCCACGAAUGUGGUGGGGACCCUGUGGAUCGUUAUGAAGAUGAGUGUGAGGAAGAGCGCUUCACAUCGUCGCAGGCGAACGGCUACGAUAAAAACAAAUCUCAUUCACUCAGCCUGUUGUUGAAUGUGAAGAAAGGAACGAUGCUGAUGUGUACAGGCGCUGAUGAGAGUGGCGAUCAAAGUGAUAUGGGUCAAGUGUCGAUUGAGCUGUCGGAUGCGCAACUGUUUACGGUCACAGGGUAUCAUGGACGCAUAAGUGACACCUAUUUCUAUUUCACAACACAUACUGUUGGUGUUGGGCACAAGAAUGCGUGCUCGAUGCCAAGAGUGGUCAAUCAAGCUGAUUUCGGAAAAUGGAGUCGCGAUGAUACGCAGAUGGACUCUGUCCCAUCUACAGAUGAGUUCAGUUCGCAGACCACUGACGAUGCUGUCGGCGUUGCAAUCUAUCUGUGCGAACGACUUGGGCAGAAUAUUAAGGACGUUCUUCUUGCUAUUGCUGUUCGGAACACUUGUGUACAACUGCGGCCGUUUCGUAGUUCCAAAGAAACGUGGAUGUUCCAGUUGGCAGAAUUGUUUGCCUUACAGGACUACCCUAUACCUGGUUAUGAGUUACCAGUGGUUACGACUGAUUUACAUAUCCAUUUGGAUAAUGUGGUCCUGGCUUACGAUCAUGUGUGGACUAACCCUGAAAGCGACAUUCGACUGAGGUUAGUUCUUCGUGAAAGUGAUAUAAGCAGCUCCAUUAUUCAGGAUAUGAACGCUGUGAAGGUAGUGAGCAUAUUCGAAGGUGCCCGACUCUACAUGAGUAAUGCGAAGAAAUCAAAGGAUAAUAUUCUGUCCUCCUUCUUCCCUGUAACUGAGAAUUCUACCAUCACAGCACCAGUUCUUGAAAUUCGCUGCCGAAAUGACAUCAUCAAGGUAUGGGUCUGCGUCGAUUCCUUUGUCGUAUUGCUGAACUUGGCAUCUGAAAUUUCUCGAUCAGAAAAAUUUGCACCACCUGAGCCGAAGGAAGCUUCAGUACGGUCUGUGGAUAGCUGUGAGGACAACGCAAAUUCUGAAUGCGAAGGAUACACAAAAAAGGUGUUCCACUCAAGCUUGCGGAUGCUGAAAGGAGCCAUGCAUCGACUUCUACCAGUCAAGGAAAUUGGUAAUCUUCCGAAACCAGUUGAGAUGAAAAUGAAGCGUAUGCUUGCCUCCGCGAUGCAGGAAGAUUCAUCUUCUGAUGGCUCGUCCGCUGGAAUACCUUGUGGUAGGGAGGCACUUGAAGAGUUCUCACCGAAUUUCUCGCUCAACCAGAACUUGCUUGCGAAAGCGUUAGUGGAUACGGCGCAUUCUGAACGAAAUCGGGCAUACUCUUUGUCAACGGACGAUGAAUUUUGUAUGGUUGAUGAGGAUGUGAUCGGUAGUGGGAUCACUAAUGCCACUGGUGAGCCGAAUAUUAAAUACAUUGGUUCUCGAAACGAUCGGACCACGUCAAAUGCUGGCAUCACGAUAGAUCCGCACCAUUUUCGUGUCCCAAGUGAUUGGCGUGGUGAUGGUUUAGCUGCCUUGCCAACGGAUUUCCCGUCACCAGUUGCCCGAUAUUUACUCCGCGAUAUAUCUGUAAGCAUACAUCUCUUUGGUGGUUCGGAUUUGAGCGAUGAACCUCCAAAAGAGCGUAGCUACAGUACGCCUGAAUAUCGUGAGGGUAAAGGAAAGAACCAAGUGGUUUCACCCGAUGCCCGUGGUGGCAAAUAUCGCGAUCAUUCGGUUUGUGUGGUUCUCGAGUUGAAAAAGAUUACCUGUAUAUUCCAACAGUUCAACAAGGAUGCUCCGCUAAUGUCAAUGAAACUUUUCACGAUCCAUGAUAUAACGCUGUUUGAUAGGUUAACAGCUAGCCAGAUCAAAGAGAUGAUGUAUCAGUAUUCGUCUGCUGAGCAACCUCGAAGAACGUGCGCUCCGAUGUUAGCUGUUCGUAUGGUGGAAUCUCAUAAGAAUGAGGGGAAGCUCAGAGUCUCAAUGCUGCCGGUGAAGUUCAACAUCGAUCAGGAUACAAUGGAAUUUUUGGACGAUUUCUUUCAAGAAGUACGAACACGUGUUGAAAUCCCCACUGGAGUAUCUGCUGCUGUUGCUCCUCGACCUGUUUUGGAAGUGCCAGCAACGAUACGAUCUAGCAGUGAUACGGGUUCUGUGAAAAAUAGCCCUAUCUAUCCGGCGCUUAGUCAAGAUACUCCUUUGAAUAUGGAUGUGCUCAUGCCAGAAGCUGCUCCACCGUCACCGAUAUAUGAUCUGUCGUACUUGGAAAACCGAACUAAGUCUACUUCACCAAUCAAAAGGUCUACGGUUGAUGCCCCAUUGACAGCAUCAGCUGUUUCUAUAGGUAAUCUGUUUGGUACUAAAAGUCGAGCAUCACAGCGUCUAACACCUCUUGGGGAACCUUCAUCACAAGCUGCUAGUCCGGAUUUCAACGAAUCAAGUAGUCCGGAUCUUCUGCAGGCUCCUUCAACAGAUGAUAAGGUGCUGACAGACGAUCUUGCUGGAGACUGGAGCAGCAGUAGCGAAAUCAGAUUCCCGGAUAUGGAUCAUAUUGGUCCGGUAAGCGAAGUGGAUAAAAUGCUAAUGGGAGCUUCAAUGCAUGAUUCGUUCCAUCCGGAUAUGAUGCCAACGGGAGAUGACAAAGCUCGUGAUGAUUUCCUUGUCAGUGAUGAUCUUAUCGAUACCAGCGGCGAAAUCGAUGCCUGUCUAAACGGUGGUGACGGG